CUGGUGGCUCCAAGUCCGCGCAGUCGAGUUCCGCGUCCCCGAGCGUUGAGUUCAGUCUUCUUCAGUCUUAUAAAAUAGCAGCCUUGGCCCUAGAUUUCCUAGCAAAGCGGGAAAAUCAACCAUCAUCUAUCUUUCAACACGCGCGCAAAGUUAAAACCUUUAUAAUUUUUUUUUUCACGGAGUGCCUUAGUUUUUUUUGUGUUCCAAGUGCAAUACGGAAGUGUGUCCGGGAGUAGCAGCUAUAAAAUUAUUGACCACAGGAUACCAGGAUAAAAAAGUCAUAGUUCCCUAUCAAGAUGACCAGCACUAGUAACAUGUUGCUCAUGCUGCUUCUGGUGGCCAGUGCCUGCGUUCUUCAAAUAGAGGGCAAGACUAUCUUUAGACGCACGGACAAGAUUUCGGAGAACUUUAAGCAAUUGGAUCUGCCGCCAGAGGAAAUCGAUCCGAAUGUUGCCCCACCAGAAUCGGAGCCACCCAAAGUCGAGGAUUUGGCUGAUGCCGUAAGUCCAGCUUCAGUGAUCGAUGAGAGUGUCAAUGAGAUUGCCAGCGGAGAUGUAGAGACCCCGAAUGCUGUGGCUUCUGUCCCAGAAGUGGCAGUUCCCGAAGCCGCUGUUGCUGAAGCUGCAGCUGCUCCAGCGGUAGCCACCACCUUGGCCGCCAAGCCGACUACUGCUCCCACCACCACAGCUCAGCCUGAGAAUCCCAUCAGCAAGUUCUGCAAAUGUACGGAAACCCACUGCGAUUGCUGCCGGAAAUUUGGAUUGCCAUUGCUGUCCACCAGGCCAGGUUGUGCAAAGAUUGCCUUUUUGGGAAACGAUGAGAUGAACGUGUCCUUGAAAUACGGCGACAUCACUUUGGCCUCGCGUCGCAUUUCCACCAAGCGGUCUCGUCCAAUAUGCGUGGGCCUUCCUGGCGGUGAUACUGAGUUCUGCGGCAAGGUAUACGGUCUGUCCCGUUCCAAGGAUUCUAAGGACUUCAAGGCCUGUCUGGCCUUCGAAUUGCGUGCCGACGAAGAGGUUGAGGCUUCGCUGCGUGUCUCCUGUUUCAAGUUUGGACCGGAAGGUCUCCGAGUGGCAGAGGCGGAGCCAUUCCCUGCAGGUUCGGAUGAUGAUGAUGAUGACGAUGAUGACAUCUUUGGAUUUGCAGCUGGUGGCGACGAUGACGAGGAGGAUGAGGAAGACUAUGACAGCGAUGCGGAUGCAGACACCGAUGACGACGAUGACACCGAGGACUAUGCCGAUGAUGAUGAGGCCGAGGCGCCCGAGGAUGCCGACUACGGUGGCUUCAGUUUAGCCGGACUUCUGGAUGAGCUCGAUGACGACGAAGAUGAGAAGCCGGCGAAGAAGCCAGCGGUUACGGCUGCCGUGGAUCAAACCCGUGAGCAUGUGAGUGCCGAUGAUCAGACGACAUCGACCACUGACCAGGUGCAGAGCAAGGACGAUUCCGGAGCUGCUGUUGGUGAGACUGCUGUAGCUGCUGCUGCUGCUGCUCCAAUUGAAGGAGAAGUAAUCGCAGCCGUUACUCCGGCACCCGCUGCAGCUGUCGAUGAUUCCACCACGCCCAAGUCCAAAAAGUCCAAGAAAACGAAAAAGAACAAGAAGAAGAAGGCCGCCGCAGAGGCGACGGACGAGACAGGAUUUGCCUAUGAGCUGCUCAAUGGCAUCCUGGAUUUUUUCAACUGAGCGGCCAGCGCGAGUUUGCCAACAUGCUAGGCAACAGUGUAAAUACUUUGUACCGCCGCAGCUGGUCGGAGAAAUAUAGUUUGUAGUGCGUAGUGCUUAAGGGUCCCCUGAAAAUUUCAUUUAUUUAUUUCGAUCCAAUAAUUUAUUUUUUGUAAUUUAUAACGAAUAAAAAGUCGAAAAUGUACAACCCAAA